AUGGGGUGUUUUGAUGAGGGGCAUUUCAAUGGUGAGCUUGAAAAUGGAGUGAGUAUUGGGUAUGGUGAGAUUGAGGAUGAUGCAAAUAAAGUUGCUAUUGAGGAUGCUGUGAAGGUCCUUUUGUUGGGUCUUGGUGAAGAUAUUAAUAGGGAAGGUCUUAAGAAAACACCACUUCGUGUUGCAAAAGCUCUACUUGAAGGAACUAGAGGUUAUAGACAAAAAGUGAAGGACAUUGUGGAAGGUGCUUUAUUUCCUGAAGCUGGCCUAGAAAAUAAUAAAAUCGGUCAUGCCGGCGGGGCUGGCGGACUUGUGAUUGUCCGAGACAUUGAUCUCUAUUCCUACUGUGAAUCUUGCUUGCUACCUUUCCAGGUCAAAUGUCAUGUCGGUUAUGUCCCUUCUGGCCAAAGAGUCGUUGGAUUAAGCAAGCUCUCUCGUGUAGCCGAAGUAUUUGCUAAACGUCUUCAAGAGCCUCAGCGUCUAGCAGACGAAGUGUCUUCGGCUUUACAACAGGGAAUAAAACCCGCAGGUGUUGCCGUCGUACUUCAGUGUACACAUAUUCACUUUCCAGACAUAGAGUCGAUCUUUCUAGAAUCCAACCAGAAAGAAUGGGGAAAUAUACAUGUUUCAUCGGGUUCUGGUGUCUUUGAAAACAAAAAUGCAGACGAGUGGGCCGAUUUCUUUUACCUUAUUAAGUCUAGAGGCGUUGAUAUGGAAACAAUUCAUCUUCGAGCUUCGUCUGACCAAUGCUGGUGUCCGUCUCUCUCCACCAUUUCCACUAAAGUUUCCUCUAAAAUCGGACCAAUCAAUCCGUCAAUGGUCACCGCAGUAUCAUCAAUUCUAAAAUCUUUGGGAGAAGAUUCGGUUCGGAAGGAGCUUGCAGGAACUCCUAACCGAUUCGUGAAAUGGCUGUUGAACUUCCAAAGCAUAGACAUGGAUAUGAAGCUAAACGGCUCCCUUUGUGGCGGGAUAAAACCUUUGAUUGCCACCAACGAGGUGGUAAACAACAUCGACAAACAAAUAUACACCGAGUUGAACUUGCCGUUUUGGUCACAAUGUGAGCAUCAUAUACUUCCAUUUCACGGCGUCAUUCACAUAGGAUAUUUCCUUUCAGAAGGAUUCAAUCCAAUCGGAAAAUCACUUCUUCAGUCAAUAGUUCAUUUUUACGGUUUCAAGCUCCAAGUUCAAGAAAGGCUAACAAAGCAGAUAGCGGAAACCGUUUCGCCGCUUCUAGGUGGAAAUGUAAUAGUAGUAGUAGAAGCAAGUCACACAUGCAUGAUUUCUAGAGGAAUUGAGAAGUUUGGAAGCAGUACAGCUACCAUUGCUGUGUUAGGAUGCUUUUCAACUGACCUUGCUUCAAGAACCUCAUUCUUGCAAAGUAUUGCAAAUGCUACUUCUUCUGGAGUGCAAUAA